AUAAUAAAUAAGUAUAAAUCUAGAAGUCAGAUGUAUACCAUCUAGUUUAGGGAUUUAGCUAUAAGCCUAUAAAUAAAUGAAAAGCUUUUAAUGUCAUUUUCUCUUGAUUUGUAAUAGUCGAAAUCACCUGGUGUUAAUGAAACAUCAUAUUGCGAUUCAUGUUAAGCUAGACAUACCUAAGAAGUUUACACAACGUGAAAAACCAUCUUGCUCUUAAGAUGUGCUUAUAUUGAUAUGCUCUAACAAAGUAUUCCUUCUGUUUUCACUCUUAUUUUCUUUUUAAAGUAAUAAAGUUGUGGUUAAUUUAAUUCUCUCUUCACUUCACGGAGUAUCCUUAGGGUUCCGGACAUGGGGAUUGGCUGCCGCCAUGGCAGUUCUUUUCUCUUCGAAAGGAAAACCCAAGAUGAAUUGCCUUACUCGGCAGAACGCCGUCGAGCAAUGGACUGCAGGAUUCUCUCUAGGGUUCGCCGCCAGGUGCUACCGCUAGAGCCAUUUAUCCGCUAUCGGCUUGCGCCGAGGAGCGGGGCUGAUUUCGGUCAUUCUUUUUGUAAUCGUCCAGAUCUAACGUACAUGAAGGGGAUGCAACAAGCAAGAGGCAGGGGUAUUGGCAAUCUAGCAACGGAUCAGGUGUUGACAAAUUUGUUUCCAGCCCUCGGCAAGGGUGAUGAAUAGACGGGGAGCGACGAAGUGCUGAUCAAGGGAGAAUACAGAUCGGCGGUCCGCCCCCCUCCUGAACCGCCGCCUUGGAUUGAUCGAGAUAUCGGGAUUUGGAAGAUGAUUUUUCUAUUUUUUAUUCUAUUUUUUAUGGUCUUAUUCUCGUGUUAGGUUUGUUUACGACGUUUCGUUUUUUUUUUCAGGACUUUAGUUUUAGGUCUACAAUAAUGAUUGUCAAUUUUGCUAGAUAUUAUGUCAUUAGAAGGAUCUAUAUGGUUAGUGGUUACUGUGUAACACCCGCUUGGUGGUUAGCGAUUCGUUAUUGCUCUUUCAGGGGUGAUGUCUCAGAGUCUAGCUGUAGGUUGUUUGUGAUUGUUGGUUAUGGAUAGUUUUUGUCAAGGUUGAUCUGUUUGAGUUUGUUGUAAUGAACCGCCCAUAAUGGUUUUAAUAUAUUUGUUGGAUUUGAUGAUAAAAAAAAUUAAUUCUCA